CACCGCCCAAAAUUUCGACACCAGAAUGCGGUGCUCCGCGCACGGACUAGACGGGUUAGUCGCCCGCUUUUCAUCGAUCCGCGCCGCCGUCGCCGUACCCCCUCGCGCCGCCUAAUCGCUUCCGCUCCGCGGCCACGACGACACACGCACAGUUGGCGAUUUUUUUAUUAAUUUUUUUUUCCGCGUCACCCGACAUCACUUUCGCUUCCGUCGUUGGUUUUCUUUUUUUUAAUUUUCAGAGUUCACUUUUCUCCUUCCGGAUUCCCACUAUCGCGCCCCCUCCCCAAAACCGACCCCGCGCUCGGGACCGUUCGACGUGCACGCGCCGCACACGUCCCCUAAGCAGCACCAGGACCGCGUGUGCACCGCUCGGCCCGGAAAAAUAUGCGUACGGCCCGCAUCGGUACGGUGACGACGAUCAAGACUGCGACAGCGGCGGCCGAAGCGGAGGCGGUUAGGACUGCGACACCGGCAAAGGGCACUACGACGAAGACGACGGCGGCGGCCGCGGCGGCACGGGCAGUAUUAUCGCGGUGCUAACCAAUAACAACAACCGUCUUCUGCACGUUCGGUAUCGAUCGAUUUUUCGCGCCGUUAUUUGUUCGUCUUCGAGCACUGCGCACCACCACCAACACCACCACCGCCGCCGCCGCCACCCUCGAAGUGACCGGCCGGCGCGCGACGCUGCUACGGUAGACGGGACGACACCGGUCCAUGGCCAACUUCGGCCGGUUCUACGUGCCGCCGUUCGGCGCGGCCAUGAACGUGGUGUGGGCCGCCGUCAAGGCGUACGUGCCCGAGGACAGCCCGUGCAUGGAGGCCAUCGCGAAACGUCGCGGCGACCAGGCGACGGCGGCUGGGGCCGGGACGUCGGGCGCGGACGCCGAGAAGAGCAGGCUGCAGGCGGGUGGCAGACCGGACACUAACCCGUUCCGGACCACGUGCAAUUCGGAGCUGUCGUCGUACGGCGGCGUGGAGAAACGAGACGCGGACGCAGCCUCCGGUGAAGGGGUCACCAGGAGGACGCCGCAAGCGUUCAGCAUGGAUGACGGUAGCUUCGAUGACGACUCGGCGGGCGGCGAGUUCGGCCGCGGGCGGCACAAGAUCGACGAAUGGCAAGCCGCGUGGAACGUCACUAACGCCAUACAGGGAAUGUUCGUGGUGUCGCUGCCGUUCGCGGUGCUGCGUGGAGGCUACUGGGCCAUCUUGGCCAUGGUGGGGAUCGCGUACAUAUGCUGUUACACGGGCAAGAUACUGGUGGAGUGCCUGUACGAGUUGGACCUGAACACGGGGCAGCGGGUGCGGGUGCGCGACUCGUACGUGUCGAUCGCGCGCGACUGCUUCGGCCCGGUGUGGGGCGCGCGGGCCGUGAACGUGGCCCAGAUGAUCGAGCUGCUGAUGACGUGCAUCUUGUACGUGGUGGCGUGCGGCGACCUGAUGGAGGGCACGUUCCCGGAUGGCGUGAUCGACACGCGCAGCUGGAUGAUGAUCACCGGCGUGCUGCUCAUACCGCUCGGGUUCCUUAAGCACCUGCACCACGUGUCACUGCUGAGCUUCUGGUGCACCAUGUCACACAUACUCAUCAACAUCAUCAUACUCGGCUACUGCGUGCUGGAGCUGCCCGAUUGGGGCUGGAGCAAGGUCAAGUGGACCAUCGACGUGGAGAACUUCCCCAUAUCGCUGGGCAUGAUCGUGUUCAGCUACACGUCGCAGAUAUUCCUGCCCACGCUCGAGGGCAACCUCAUCGACCGGUCUAAGUUUGACUGGAUGCUCGAGUGGAGCCACAUCUCGGCCGCCAUAUUCAAGUCGCUGUUCGGCUACGUGUGCUUCCUCACGUUCCAGAACGACACGCAGCAGGUGAUCACUAACAACCUGCACUCGCCCGCCUUCAAGGGCCUGGUCAACGUGUUCCUGGUGGUCAAGGUGCUGCUGUCGUACCCGUUGCCGUACUAUGCUGCGUGCGACAUACUCGAGAAGUCGUUCUUUAUCGGGCCGCCCGCCACCGCGUACCCCAGUAUCUGGCACCUGGACGGUGAGCUCAAGGUUUGGGGCCUUGCGUUCCGCAUCGCCAUCAUCCUGUGUACCGUGUUCAUGGCCAUAUCCAUACCGCACUUCGCCAUACUGAUGGGCUUCAUCGGUAGCUUCACCGGCACCAUGCUGUCGUUCAUCUGGCCCUGCUACUUCCACCUGAGGCUCAAGGGCGACUCGCUCGAAUGGCGCACCAUCGCGUUCGACUGCUUCGUCAUAUUCCUCGGCUGUUUGUUUGGCGUCAUCGGCGUCUACGACUCUGGCACCGCCAUCAUCAAAGCGUUCCAGAUCGGAUUGCCGUUCUGAGCGCCGUCCUGACCCCUUACUCCCCAUAUCUCUCCUCGUCUCUUCCUCUUCAUCUGACAACCACCCGCGACCUAUCAUUACCAUACGCGCUUAACGUUUUUUUUUUUUUUUUGUUUUUUCUAUGAUCGUCGCAGUGCGAAACCCGGUCGAUUUUCAACACGCGUUUUCCCGGUUUACGCCCGACAUCCGAUUAACUAUUGCGAUUAUUAUUUUUACUAUCGUUUUUAUCAUCACUGAAACGGUUAUUAUGUGUGAACACGCGUCUUUUUUCUGAAAUCCGAACGUUAUUACUUCAGGUUAAAACCGCACUGCCUGUUGUUCCUCCUGUGCGAUGGCGAACACCGAUUAAACGCGCAUUGAAAUCAAAUCCGCAACAAAUCCGUUUUUAACAGAAUUUUUUCGAAUGUUCGUAAAGAUUCCUAACCGUUGGAAAAACAACACAAGAGUGUUUCAUUCGUUUCUACAACCAUAACGAGUUCACGGUUUUUAAUCCAAAGAUAAACUGUGUGAAUACUAUGCGAGUUAUUUAAGACGGUGGUCUGGAAAACAAACGAUUUGACUUUGUCAAAAGACUGCUUUGCCAGGAGUUCAACAAUCGAAAUGUCUUCUCUCCCCGCGAAAAAUACAAAUCCCCGAGCUCUCGAAUACGAUCAGCGUGUACGAAAAAACCUAUCAUUCCUCACUUCUCCCACAGAAACCCUACGUCCCACCAUUUCACCGACAAAUCACCGAUGCCGACAACAACGACGGUGAUGUUAUAAUGAUAUAUGUACGCAUCGUACACGUUGAUUUAUAGAACCGGGAUUGCGAUGAUCGUCCGUGAAUAAUACGUAAAUAAUAUAUGUUUAAGUGCGGGAAAUAGCAAAUCGCUGAGGUGUUUGUCACGGGGAGACUGAUAUCGCGCGAUUGGUAUUCAUACAUUUACGAGAUAGACGCACACACCUAUCCACUGACUAUAUUGACUAUGGCGUUUUAUUUACAUCGUAGCAAAUCUUAUUAUCUCUUUUCUUGUGAAUCACGCGAUCCGAACUAUAUACGAAAACGGGCUUCGAAAACGAUACAAGAAAAACGCGUUUUUAUAUCUCCGCAGACUUGGCUUUAUAAUAGUACUGCAUACGCAUCAUGCACAAUACUGUACUAUAUAAAUGUAUGGAGAGAUUAGGGGGAGGGAGAGAAAGAGAAAAAGAGAGAGCAUCGAACUUUAACGUGUUUGGUAUCGCUCGUUUCGUUAUUUUAAUCGGAUUUUGCUGAAUGGGAUGACAAUAUUUUAGCCCAAGUAUUUUUUCUUUGCCCAUUAACAUUUCUGAUACGUCAAAUGAGUUAUGGUCAUUGCUACAGUUUGUGCUGAUGGUAACUUUUUAUUUCGAUUUCUUAUUUUUCCCUUCCAUGAAUACGUUACUGAAAGUGUGAACAUUAUUAUCAAAAUAAUCUUAAAUUUCAGCUUCUGAGCAUGAUUGCUUUUCUUCACUUGUCCUGAAAAGCCUUUUGAUGCUGAGAACCGAUAACAAUAAUAUACGAUUCUCCUCGAUAAUAGGUAUUAUCGCCUACCGGGCUCAUCUUUUGGUUUGACGAACAUUUUCAUCCGUUUCAUUUUUCAUCUGUUUUAUUUUUUAAUCAACCCACAUCAGAACUGAAUCCAGGUAUAUUUUGAUUUAUUAUAGUUUAUAUAUUCGACUUCAAGUGUCUUACGAAAUUAUAACCCCGACAACCGGCAUUUUAAUUGGAUUUUACCGUCUGACAAAUUCCAAGUCUCAAAUCUUAAAAGCGAUGUCUAUUCAAUCGUCGAAAGAAUACACUCAGCUGGAAACACCCGUGAAUUGCGGUUAAAUGUUUCAUUUACUAUGGUUAAAGCGUUGCAUUUAAUUUCGAUUCACAUCCCUUAUCGGUCCCACGAUCCGAACGAUAUACACAGCUAAUCGUAUGUGUUGCAGUACUAUUUGUUAAGUCGAUAAAAAAAAAUUACUGAACUAUGAAAUUACAACAGAAAAAGACUCGCCGGUUAAAUACAAACGAUUUAUUUGUCGAAAAACGCAACUUUUCUAUACUAUCGGUCGUCGUUGUCAAAAACAUAAUUCACCUGUUUUACAUAUACUGCGGAUCGUAAUUAUUAUAUCUAUUAGUACCUAAAGUUAUUUUAUAUUAUAUAGAAACGCAGCUACCGAGUUAUUUAAUUAUU